UCGGCCCACCGCAUCUCAGAUUCAAACCAGAACCUAACUAAUCCUUUAAAACCGUCUUCAUCCAUUUCGUCCCCCACACUCAAUCACACUUCUAAUGGCUUCUUGUCUGAAUCUCCUCGUCUUCUCCUUCCUCUCCAUUCUACUCAUUUCAAAUUCACAGAUAUCUGAUUCAGUUAACGGCGUCGUUUUCCCUGUUACUCGCGACGUACAUACCGGUCAAUACAUCGCACAGAUUCUUAUCGGCGAUUCGCCGGAGCCUGUCAAGCUCGUCGUUGAUCUCUCCGGUUCGCUUCUAUGGUUCGAUUGUUCCUCCGGACAUGUUUCCUCUUCUCGGAGUCUGGUCUCCGGGAGCUCUAGCGGCUGCCUUAAGGCGAAGGUUGGGGACGAGCGAGUAUCGCGUAACGCGGAGUGCGAUUUGCUUGUGAGAAAUGGCGACGUUGGUAUCGCGGCGAGAGGAGAGCUUGCAAGAGACGUCUUGUCAUUUGGAUCUGUUUCUUCUCCGGGAACCGCUGAUAUCCUCUUCGCUUGUGCUCCUCCGUCGCUGCUACGUGGGCUCUCUAGUGGGGCCCAAGGAUUAAUGGGCCUAGGAAAGGCCCAGAUCUCUCUUCCCUCGCAACUCGCCGCGCAAACUAACGAACGCCGUCGUUUAACGCUUUACCUGUCGCCGUCGAACGGUGUCGUUUCCACGAGUUCGGUUGAAGAUGUUUUCGGAGUUGCCGCGUCUAAAUCCCUGGCCUACACUCCUCUGUCAUCCGGCUCGAGUGGCAGUUACGUGAUUAACGUUAAAUCAAUCAGAGUCUACGGUAAAAGGCUCUCCGUGGACGGUCCGUUGUCUGUGGAACUAAGCACGGUGGUCCCUUACACGACGCUGGAGAGCUCUGUCUACACGGUGUUGGCGGAAGCUUACACUAAAGCUGCGACUAACGCUAAGUCGGUAUCUCCCGUAGCACCGUUCAGUCUCUGCUUCACGUCUUCGAGUGAGGUAGAUUUCCCGGCGGUUGAUCUGUCACUGCAGAGCGAGAUGGUGAGGUGGAGGAUUCAGGGGAGGAAUCUAAUGGUGGAUGUUGGUGGUGGUGUCCGAUGCUUGGGUAUUGUAGACGGCGGGUCGAACCCGGUCAGCCCGAUCAUAAUGGGUGGGCUUCAGUUAGAAGGCUUUGUAUUGGACUUUGAUUUGGGUAACUCGAUGUUGGGAUUCGGACAAAGAACACGCUCUACUUCAGAGUCGUUGCAACCAGAAUCUUUGUAGUAAAACCAUCUAGUUUAACCUGGUAGAUAUACUCAGUUUUACUCUCUUUGUUUGUGUUUGUUAAGAUACCUUUUUUCUCUGUAAGCAACUACGCAUUUUACACUAAUAUAUCUUCAGAGCUUAGUAUC